GCACCAGCUCCUCAGUACUCUGCUCCUGUUGCUGCUCCAGCUCCUCAGUAUUCUGCCCCUGUUCAAGCUCCAGCUCCACAAUACACAGCCCCUGCUCCUCAAUACUCUGCCCCAGCUGCUGCUCCAUCCAAUGAAUACUUGCCACCUCAACAAUCGUACUCUGCUCCCGCUCCAGCUCCUCAAUACUCUGCCCCUGCUCCUCAAUAUUCUGCUCCUGCCCCAGCUCCCCAAUACUCUGCCCCUGCUCCUCAAUACUCCGCCCCAGCUGUUGCUCCAUCCAAUGAAUACUUGCCUCCUCAGGAAACCUACACUGCUCCCGUUGCUGCUCCUGCUCCCCAAUACUCUGCUCCCGUUGCUGCUCCAGCUCCCCAAUACUCUGCUCCAGCU